UCCUCCUCCUCCUCCUCCUCGCAGCGUUGGUCGCCAUCCAUCCCCUCUCCUCCUCCUGUACCAUAACAGAUGGUGGGAACAACAUUGCAUCCACCGGGUACCACAACAACAAUAGACCGCAGCAUCCAGUCCGGACGACGCUGGCCUUGCACCAUCAUGGUCCCGGUGCAGGACUGCGUGAGGCUGUGAGUGCCGUCGUGAUUUGUUUCACGCGGUACCACCACCACCACCGCCACGGCCACGGAGGAACCUUCUUGCGACUGUUUGGGCUCUCCAUCGAGCGGGGAAGAUGGCCGCGAUGAAAAUAUUAACCAGCACGGGGCUCUUCCUGGCUCUCUGCGCGCUGGGGCUGCUCGCCAUGGCGAUCUGCACCGACUACUGGUACGAGACGGACGCGCGGAGGCACCGGGAGAGGUGCAAAAACUAUGCCAACAAGCGAAACGACCCGGGCUACAUCUACAUUUCGAACCACAACCUCCCCCUCCAGAUGCCUCCAAAGAGCCUGGAGAGGAAAGGUAGCGGCCCGGACGCUGCUCCUCUCCUCAGGGGGAAGCGGCACUUUCUGGCCGCCGCGUCUGCCAUGGAGUCCCACUGCAGCCGGCAGUAUAACUCCACCAUCUCCGGGCUUUGGAGGAAGUGUCACCGUUCGGGCUUCGACCUGGAGACCGAGGACCUCAUCUACAAAGGAAUAAUUCAAAGAUGUACCCCAGUCAAGUAUCACUACUCUUCGUCCAUCCUGCCACGAAAUUUACCCGUCAACAUCACAAAGACCAUACGCCAGGACGAGUGGCACGCACUCCAUCUAAGAAGAAUGACGGCCGGCUUUGUGGGCAUGGCCGUGUCCAUCAUUCUUUUUGGCUGGAUCAUUGGAGUGCUGGGAUGCUGCCAGCAGCAUGAUCUCAUGCAAUAUGUAGCUGGGCUACUCUUUCUCAUGGGAGGAACGUGCUGCAUCAUCUCCUUGUGCACAUGCGUGGCGGGGAUCAACUUUGAGCUGUCGCGCUACCCCCGCUCCAUGUACGGCCUCCCUGAAGACAUUAGCCAUGGCUAUGGCUGGUCCAUGUUCUGUGCCUGGGGGGGCCUUGGCCUCACGUUGCUGGCCGGCUUCCUCUGCACCCUGGCCCCCUCCCUGAGCACGCCGGCUCGCACGACGACCCACAAGCCGAGGCAGGAGAACGGAACCGUGUGACGGAGGCGCCUAAAAGCGACUGACCCACCGGACCCACCCGCCCCCGGCCUCACCCCCUCCUCCCCCGUCCUCCCCCUCCGUCCUCCAACCUUGAUGUUUAACUCUGAAACAGCUUUUGUCUGAUCACCAUCUCACCGACACCGCCCUCCUCCUCCUCCUCCUCCUCCUCCUCCUCCUCUUCCUCCUCCACCCAAAGUGUUCAGCGUGCCUGAGUUGGGAACGAAGGAGCAAAGCAACGACGAACGGGACGUCACGCCGACAGUAACACACGACCCGGGGGGGCGCGCCUCUCAUAGCACAAAUAAGACGUUUCGAUUUCUGACGUGCUGACUUUACGACCUGAAGGUGACUGUUUUCUCUGAGCAGAAUUUGUCUUAACAUGGUGCUCUCUUAAAGACACACACAUAAACACACACAAAAGCAGCAGCAGCAGCAGCUUCUCCACACACACACACACACACACACACACACACACACACACACACACACACACACUGAAUUUACUCCGGACGAAUCACGAGAGUAAUCCUCCGAAACACACAAGCAUCAGGCCAGAGCAUCCCGUCGGCGUUCCUCUUUCAGUCGAGUGACGUGUGCUGUGUAAAUGUUCGUAAUGAAGAAAAAAACAAACGACAACAACAAAAAAAAAAAUUAAAAAACAAAGACUGCCCAACGCUUACGUCUGGUGUAGCGCACUAACCGAAACGAAACACCCCCCUCAUCACCACCAUCACCAUCACCAUCACCACCACCACCACCACCGGGCGGCGUACAGAGGGAACAAAAUCCAGAGCAAAGUAUUUCAAGUGAAGAGAUUGUAUAUGUACAAAUGCAUCUCUGUGUAGAUUCAGAUCAUCAUCUGUGUGGAUUUUAUUUAUUUAUUUAUUUUUUUUUUUUGUGAGGAGCGAAAAAGAAGCCAUGACAAGAAUCAGUAACAGAGGAGCUGUUCACCCUUAACAUGAGUCGGCCUUUUUUUAUUCCCAGUGUAAAACUCUGAAUACAAGUUUAGAGGCAAAAGAAUAAAAUGAUCCAAAUAAAAAUACAAGCACAAGCUACAAAUACCGCCCCCCCUCCAAAAAAACAAAAAAAUAUAUAUAUCUAUGUAUAGCAACAUAUAUAUAACAAAAAUACCCUAAAAUCUGACUCUGGAAUUAAAGAAAUUAGGACAAUUUAGUUUGUGAUUGACACCGUUUUAAUACAUUUGAAAUCAUUAUAGGUGUGUGAAGUGGCAUCUUUAAAAAAAAAUAAAAAAAAAUAAUAGAAUAAAAAAGGUAAAAAACAGUAUUGGUACAUCCAUAACAUAUGUUAUUUUUUAAAUUAUAUGUUUUAAAUUUAUGUGACUCAAUCUGGUUUUUAAAAAAGAAAUAAGAUUAAAAUCCAUUUAGGCAGUGAUGUAUCUAAAAAGUUGCAUCAGAUGUUUUUUUUUUUUUUUUUAUGAAUUAAUCACACGUGGAAAAUCAAGCUGUAAAUCUUUAUAUUUUUAAGUGUCUUCUUCAUGGAUGCUACCGCGCCUUAAAUUCCCACCACACAUCAGUGACAUACCCCAGUGUUUGUGUACUAAGCUACGCAGUUGUGUAUGUGGUAGUGUGUAGUAUGGGACUAGAUGUCAUGAAAGGUUUUUGAAAAUGGAAACUUGUUCAGAUGAUUCUCCUCGAUAAUAACUAGCAGCAGCCAUUUUUUUUUUUAAAUUAUUAUUAUUAUCGUUUAUUUUUCUAGUCGUGCUCUUCUUUUGGUCCCCUACGGUCGUUACAACUCAUUUAUUUUUUAAAAUCACGAGAAUAUUACAGCCAUGUGUGAUUUUAUAUACGUGUUGAUUGCCUGAGAUGAGAUAUUCUAUCAGCUAUGUCAAUUAACUUUCUUAGAAACAAAAAAGAAAAAGAAGAAAAAAGAAGAGGUGUUGUGCGUGUGUCAAACAACACUGUGCGUGAUGUUCAGUCCUUUUCACCGUCACAUGACAUUAGGGAGGAAAAUUAACUGAGGCAUGAUUGAAAACUGUAUCUUCAGUGUCUUGUUGUAUCUUUGCACUUUGCCGCGUCUCAUAGAGGUCGGUGAAGGGGAGGGGAGGGGAGGGGGCGCGUGGCGUGGCGUGGCGUGGGGGGGGUGGGCGGAUGAUCGGAGCAUGUGAUGAGCACCCCAGUCGUGUCUUUUUACAGAAAAGAGUUCGGGUUCAUGCCAUGUUGUGUGUUCAGGGUCAGUCGGUCUCUGGCUCUUAUUGUGAAAUUAUCUAUGCCAGGAAGUGGGACAGUAUUUAUAUCUGUGGUCGUUACACUGGCAGUGGACAGAAUGCGAAUCUGUUUGGUGUGUGUGUUUUUUUUUAUUAUUAUUAUUUUAUUUAUUUUUUUUAAAAUUCACGGCCAAACUGAAAUGCAGUCAUGUGCACCGAUCAGCCAGAACAUUAAGACCACUGACAGUUCAAAGUUCUGCUGGGAAACUUUUGGACCUGGUUUUCAUUUGCGUGGAUGUUACUUAGACAUGUAGCACCCACCUAAACCAGACCAGGCCCCCCACCCCACCCUAUAGCAAUGACACAAUAAACAGUGUUGACCAGUUUCAAGAAUUUUUGUCAAGCAAAAACAGCUUGAAGCGUUGGCAGAUUUGAUUCGAUUGAAUAUACGAAUAUUUUGCUUCUUUCUAGUAAUGCUGUUUUUGCCGCUCUUUUGUGUCCACUCUCUGAUGAGGACGGACACAUGCAUUAAAUGGGAGCUUCUGCAGGUGUGCAGGUCUUUUCUACAGCUUUUCAUUCUCUGACACAACUGUGCAACCUGCGCAACAUCAGGAAGGUGGUCAUAAUGUUCUGCCCGGUCGGCGUUUUGCGUCGCUGUACAGCAGUGAGCUGUAACGUAGAAGUACUUGGUGCAAGUAUAACGUGUUGUUAGGACUGAAGCACAAUUGCACACACGACUCUUAAAAAAAAAAAGAAAAGUUUUUUGUGUAUCAGUUAAAAGGUGGGAUAAUCUGACUUUUCUAGUACUGACGUGCCGCCGCUGCGCACACGAUGCAGUGCAGUCAAAAAGCAUUAAAAGAGAAACUCCCAAAGCACACGUUAAACCCCCGUCCCGCCUUCCUUCCCUUCAUAUCUCAACUAGUCGAGCUCGACGUCAUGCCAGUGUCCGUGAACCGAAAGCUCAACACCGUAGACGGAGCAGUAGCACGCAGUAGCAACCUUUACAAAGACGCCACAAAACAACAAAACUUCUAGAGAGCGGACGAGGCCGUGCACGGUUUGUAAGGGGCGGCGUUUGAAAUGGUUGUAAAAUCCCUCGAGCGGCAACUUCCUGUGUUUCAUGAGGAACUUUAGAAAUGUACCCUGUGCAACGAGAGAGAUGCCCUGUGAAAGAAAAAGAAAAGAAAAAAAACAAAAAAGAAACGCCACCGUUCAGAUUGGUGGCAACUUUGUUUCAGUAGCACAGCUAUUAUUUUCUACGAGUCAUUUAUACUGGUUCCAUCCACCUCAGAUGUUAUGUGGGGAUUAAAAAAAAAACAAAAAAACAAACAAAGAAGAAGAAUAAAAAAAGACAUUACAGUCUUGCAUGAUCUCAUUACAGUUAGUUUCUUUCAAUAUACUACAAACUUGUGUCCAUUUUUAAUUAAUUUAUUUUACUGAAAUAAAAUAUGUAAUUAUUAA